CCUACCUCCGGUUAUACCUGCCCGGAGAGACUACGUGCGGGUACGUGUGCGUGCAUACCUGCUGCUGCUGCUGCUCUCAUAGUUAUUCAACGCGCUUUCUUCUGCCUUCUCCCUCUCACCCGUGUACGGGCGUAAGUACUAUGGGAGUUACAUCACCACCGUAACGACGACGUUGGCCGAUAGCAUAGGAUAGCUUCGCUGCAUGGAGAUCACCGAUGUUGUGUCUGUGGUGACCGUGUGUGUACACGCACACACACACACUCCCGUCAGUACGUCAACAAGGAAGUCACUGCUUGCAGCUGAUGGAGGCGGUUCAACAAAGAUGAGAAGGGCGGGCAGAUUUACGUGCUACGUGACGCUAAGGAGCCUGAUGCUUCUUGCAACACGCGCUGGAAAAGUACGCUAACUACGAGAUAGAUGUGCACGCCACCCCGAGCGCAGGCAAGACGAAGCGCAAGAACGGGGCUUCAUGCAUUGACCGUGUGACACCUCCUGAUUUAGAGACGUUCGUCAUGCUCGUAGCGGCGAAUUCCAGCGGAGAUCAAUUACGAUUAUUUCAUGCUUGUCGCGUUAUGCCUCACGAGUGCUAGCCGUACGAUCUAUGUGUGGUGCUGUGAAGGUAUGAGAUGGCCAGCGCACUGAAAUCGAGCGCAGCGCCGCCGCCGCCGCCGCUGUUGGUGCUGGUCGUCGCCGUCCUCGUGGGCGUCACGUGCUCUUGGCAGCCGCACGACGACGCAUGCGCGAGCGUCUGCAACUGCGAUCGCGGCGCCGCCUGGUGCGAUGCUCGUAACCUGACGCACGUGCCGUUCUUUCCCGCCGCGACGCGCGCGAUCUACCUGCAGCACAACAACGUCACAUCCGUCGGCGCCGACGACUUCCCGUCGCUCGGCAACGUCACGACGCUCGUCCUCGCGCACAACGCGCUGACGGCGCUAGACGGCGCCACGUUCGCCAACCUGCCACGACUCGAGACGCUCGACGUCGCGAACAACGCGAUCUCGCGAUUUCCCGCGAGAAUGGCGCUGCCCGGCCGCCUGAAGACGCUCGACGCCGACGACAACCGCAUAAGGACUCUCGAGGACUUCACGUUCGAGUCUCUGCCAGAGCUGCGCGUGCUGUCGCUGGCCGACAACGAGCUGACGACCGUCGGCAGGUACGCCUUCGCCGGACUGAAGUCGCUAGAGACGCUCUCACUCGCCGACAACUCGCUCGCGGACCUAGCCGACGACGUGUUCACCUACACGCCCUGCCUGCGGGACGUCGACCUCUCGGGUAACGACUUCCGCUCCGUGCCCAACCUCGCCGGCCUCGUGAACCUGCGCGCACUGCGCAUGCGCGCUAACCGGCUCGCGUCCGUCGACCUGCGCGGCAACUUCGCGUCGGCGCGCCACCUCGAGCGUGUCGACUUCAGCGGAAACAACGUGAGCGUCGUCGCCGGCUACGCGUUCCGCUCCGUCUUCGCGACGCUGCGACACCUGAAUCUGUCCGACUGCGACGUGCGCAGCGUCGACCGGUCGGCGCUGCAUCUGGAGCGACUCGAGUCGCUCGAUCUGUCGGGCAACGAGCGCGUCGCCGAGCUGCCGCGCGCGCUGCUCGUGCUGCAGCGCACGACGAUCCGCAGUCUGCGGCUGUCGCGCGUCGGCAUCGCCGACGUCGGCGCCUACCACGGCGUGCUGCAUCUGACGCGCAUGGAGCAGCUGCAACAGCUCGACCUGUCGCACAACCGCCUGCAGACGUUCCCCGGCGACACGUUCCAGCGCAUGCUGAAACUGCGCGAGCUCGACCUCGGGCAUAACGACCUCCGGGUCACGGGCGUGCACGGCGGCGGUGGCGGCGGCGGUGGAACGAUGACGAUGCUGCCGAGUCUGUGCACGCUGCGCCUUAACGACAACAAGCUGACGGCGAUUCCGUUCAUCGCGCACGAGAAGUGCGACGAGUACGACCCCCCUCCCCCCGGGAACGACCCCCCUCCCGCCGGCAGCAACCCCCCUCCCCCCGUGAACGACCCCCCUCUACGCGGGACGACGUCGGGUGGCGGCGUGCGCUGCCGCGCGCUGGCGUCGCUCACCCACCUCGAUCUGUCGCGCAACAGCAUCGUCGCGUUGCCGCGCGACCAGCUGCGACGCGUGCGCUCGCACCCGCGCCUGCGCACCGUCGAUCUGUCGCGCAACCCGCUGCGGUGCGCCUGCGACACGCGCGCGCUCUGCGACUGGCUGCAGCACGGCGAGGUGACGUUCGUCGCCGGCAACGACACGACGUGUCACCACCCGGCGGCCGAGCGCGGCACGUCGCUGCUCGACUUCUGCCGACGACUAGCCGCGCGGCCGUCCGACUGCGACGUCGACGCCGGUCGGCGACGGACGAAGCGCGUCGUGUUUGGCUGCGUCGCCACCGUCGUCAUCGUCGGCGUCGUCGCGGCGUCCGUGCUGUUCGCACACAUCUUCCUGCGCACGUCGCAGCUGCGGCGGGUGAAGAUGGCGCGGCAGCAGCAGCGGGAGUACAGCGAGGUGGAGCGUGGCAGCGGCGGCGGUGGCGGCGGUGGCGGCGGCAGCGGCCGGGGCACGCCCGUCGCCGACCAGAGCACGCAGGACACGUUUCUCAACUUCGACGACUCGUCGAGCAGCCAGCGGUCAGAGACGGAUCAGGGCGAAUCGGACGCGACGUGCUGA